AUGACCAAUCGAUCUCAAGAUCCCACAUUACAGUUUAACAAACUGUUAGUCCCCAGUGUUAAAGAUCCAAUUUCCAAUAAAGAAUUAUUAUAUCGACUUCAAACUCUUAAUGAUGAACUUAGUACCCUUGAUACUGUUGAUCUUAAAAGUUUACAACCAAUUCAAACAGCAUUAAUCAAUAAGAAAUUAUUAUCGCAUACAAAUGUUGGAGUACAAAUCUAUGCCUGUAGUUGUGUUGCUGAUAUCUUAAGACUAAGUGCUCCUGAUGCUCCAUAUACUGCUGAACAAUUAUCUGAGAUUUUUAAGGCUUUUAUUCGACAAUUUAAACGAUUAGGGGAUAGGAAGAAUUCUCAUUUUCAACAACAUUGUUAUUUGUUGAAGAGGUUGGUGGAAGCGAAAUCUAUGGUUUUGAUUACUGAUGUUCCUGAUUCUGAAGUUUUAAUUGAAUCUAUUUUUGAAACAUUUUAUGGGUUGACUAAAGCAAACGAAUUCCCUACAGAAUUGGAGAAUUUGAUUAGUGAUAUUCUUUCUGAAGUUGUAUCUGAAGCUGAUAUUGUACCUCACAAUGUCGUUAAAUCGAUAUUGAAUAAAUUCUUAAUUCAUGAACCAAAUAAAUUAGUCAAUGGACAUAUUUCAAGUCCAGCAUUUAAUUUUUCAUUGGCUAUAUGUGAAAGUAAUAUUGAUAGAAUGUCUCGUUUGGUUGCACAAUACUUUUCAGAAAUCUUGUAUGAUAGUUCAGUCGCGACAGAAGAAGAUGAAGAAGAAAAGAUCCGCAACUCUUCCAAAAGUAUGGAAAACUUGAAAAUGAUCCAUCGACUCUGUGUUCAACUUUGGAGAUUUAUACCCCAGAUCUUAACUUCAGUAAUGACUCUUAUUGAUGAUGAAUUGAACGCCGAUGACGAGAAGAUCCGAAUAAUGGCCACGGAAACGAUUGGUGACAUGUUGAGUUGUUCAGAUGCAAAGGCCAACUUCUUUGUGGUAAAUCAACAAACUUGGACUAAUUGGUUAAAGAAAACUUCUGACAUCUCACCGGAUGUAAGAGCAAGUUGGAUAAAGAAAUUCGCUCCAAUCAUAUCCUCAAAUAUAUAUACUACCACUGAGGUUAAUCUGGCUUUCUCUACUUGUUUGAAGAAGUGCCUUCUUGAUACUGAAGAAAAAGUCAGAGCGACUGCAAUUUCCAGUCUUGAACAGGUCCCAUUGCCAAAAUUAACGGCUAAUGUCAUUAAUACCAGUGUUUUGCAAACUUUGUUCCAAUUGAUUAGAGAAAGAAGUCACGCCAUAAGAAAUAGCGCCAUUAGAUUGUUAGGUUCACUUUAUGAUUAUUACGAGAAGCAUUUAGAGGAUAAUGGAAAUGAAAUUACGUUUUCAAAUGACGAAGAAAGUAAAGAAUUGGAUAAAAUAAUCAAAACUAUACCUAAUCAAAUUUUAUCUCUUGUUUAUAUUAAUGACAAGGAUAUAACUGCUAUUGUUGACUUAUGUCUCUUUGAUUAUUUGGCACCAAUUUCUGAAAAUGAUUCAACAAAGAGAGUUAAUCGAUUACUUAGACUUUAUUCUGGUUUGGAUGAAAAGGGAAAAGAAUCUUUCGUGGCAAUUAAUAAGAGACAACAACAAGUGUCUAAAGUAUUGACUACAUUUUUGGAGAUUGCCGACACUUAUAAUAAACAAGUCUCCAUUACAGAUAACAAAGAAAACAAUGAAGGUAAUGCCAUGGAACAGAAGAGUACAUUAGUGAAGUUGGAUAAAAUAAUCAAUUGGUUUUGUGUUUCGUUUCCAGAAGGACAUUCCACAUUUGCAUGUCUUGAACGUUUAUUCAAAUUGAAUAGAUCUCGAUUCAUGUAUUUGAUAAGAAUGUGUAUUUCUCCAGAAUCUGACUUUAAUACUGUUAAGAAUUCAAUGAAGGAAUUGUUUAAGAAAUUGAGUGAACCUAAGAAUAUAAGAUUAGAAGGAGAUAGAACUAUGAUAAACACCCUGGAGAUGGUUUAUAACAUUAAGCUUUUGUUAUUAAGGUCUUCUGUUUUGUUAUAUAACAAAUCCAACGUGGUUGAAUUAAUCAAAUGUUCCAAAGAUUUGACAAAUCAAUAUAAUCCAGUCUCAAAUGAAUUGCUUCAACAAAUUUCAUUGGCUAUUCCCGAUGUGUUCAAAUUUCAUGUGAGAGAAUUAACCAGUUUAAUAAUUGAACAAAGACAAGAUGGCGGCCCCAAAUCAAACACUUUGAAAACCAUCUAUCAUUUUGUCAAGAAAUAUCCUGACUUAUUCCCCCGUGCAAUUUCAUUCUGUGAAGCAUUGAAAAAGAUUGCCAUAGAUGGAACCCCAAGGGAAGCACGAUAUGCAGUAAAGAUUUUGGGAUUAAGUGAAUCUAAAGAACUGCUUGCUUCAGAAGUAUUUGAGCAAAUCUAUCCAUUGGAUCUUGAGCAUGAAAAAUUUGCUACUCAUUUGAGUACUAUUGCUGAGUUGUUUGUUGUUGACCGCUUAUGUGUGACUAGAUAUGAAGAGGAUAUAACUGCGCUUAUUGUCAAGGAGAUAUUCUUAAAGAAUAGAGGUAUUAAUCGAGAUGAAAUUAAGGAUGAUCAAACUUGGAUUGCUGAGGAUGAACUAGAUGAUAAUUAUAAAUUAUAUUCAACCUUAUAUGAGAAGCUACUUGCAAUCAGAUUACUCACGAAUAGUUUGAAAGGGUUCCAAGAAGAAAAUAUGACUUCCGAAGAAAAAGAAGAAGCUAAGAGUAAAGCCCAACCUGUUAUCAAGUUAUUAAUGUCAUAUGUGGGUAAUAAUGGAGAAAUCAUCAAAAAGGGAUCUGCAACAUAUCCUACUCCAGAACCAUUCAAGCUGAAAUUAAGAUUAUCCGCCGGAUUGUAUCUUUUGAAAUUAGCCCAAAUCCCAGUCUUUAGUGAAACAUUACUAUCAGCCAGUCUUAGAAGAAUGACAUUUUUAUUAAAUGAUGAUAAUUAUGAUGUUAGGUCUAGAUUUAUGAUUAGUUUACAAAGAAAACUUUCGAAUGAACUUAUUUCUGAAAGAUUUUUGGCACUUUUAUUCUUUGCCAGUUUUGAGCCAACUCCGGAAUUGAAGAAUAAUGCUACGAUAUCGAUUACUUCUGCUUUCAAACGUCUGGAGGCCAAGAAGAAUAUCAAGUUUGAGAGAUCAUUGGUUAGAUUGAUUCACAUAUUGGCCCAUCAUGAGCAAUACCUCGCUUUAAGUCAGGCUAAUAGAGGUAACGAUGAAAGUAAGACUAAUGCCUACAAGUUUGCCACUAUCUGUUUAACUUAUUUCGUGACGUUGAUUGCAAAGUCCGAUAGUAUUUCAUUGUUGUACUAUUUAGCCAGCAGGAUCAAACAACAUCGAGAUGCCACACUUGCUACAUCCAUGUAUGAAGAAGAUGAAUUAUCGGAAACUGUAUUGAAUUUAUAUAGAAUUUCAGAAUUGGCUCAGUUGGUAAUUAAGGAGUAUAGCGAUUAUAAGAAUUGGCCCAUUCAAACUUGGCAAGGUAAGAUCAAGUUGCCUACUGAUAUAUAUGCUCCUAUGGCAUCUCCUAAAGAAGCACAAUCGAUUGUGGCCAGGGUUUUCAUUCCUGAAGAGAUUCAAAUCAAGCUUAUAAAUUUCAUAAGGAAGACUUUGAAUGUUGGGAAUAAAAGAAAGUUGUUACCAACUGAGAAUUCGGGGCAUACUUCAAAGAAACAAAAAAUCAAACCAGUGGUGGUCAAGAAACAAAGCAAACCAAAGGAAAAGUCAGAAAAGGUUGUUGUUCGUAAAAAGAGUGUGAGAACAAGAGGGAAAGUGAAUUAUGAAGAGAGAAGUUCAGAUUCAGAAAGUGAUGUUGAUUACGAAGAGUGA